GAAGAAGAAGAAGAAGAAACUUUGUCAUUGUCGUUCAAUGUUUCUGAUGACGUCAACAUUUGACGGACUCGGCUCGGUCUUGUUUGUACUUCGCCAAGCGGACUUCGAGCGUCGUUGGGUCGGCAAAGACUUUCUGGUCCGGGUGGAUGUGAUCCGAGCGCGGCUCCGAUAGUGCGCGCCUCCUCCGAGGGACUCAGGCCGGCAUGGGAGAGUCCGCCGCCGGCGCCUUCGCCCCGAUGCCGGGCGUGGGUGUGAGCUCCGUGGGCUCCGUGGGCCCGUCCAGAGGCUCCGCGGUGCCGCAGCUGCACGGCGCCAUCGUGGAGCGUCUGCGCGCCCGCAUCGAGCUGUGCCGCCGCCACCACUCCACCUGCGAGGACCGCUACCGGCGCGGCCAGGUGGAGACCUCGGACCGGGAGCACGAGAGCACGCUUCACCUGCUCAACGUCGUCCAGCAGGGACCCGGGAACCGGAAGAGCAAAGGCAGCCGCGCGUCCGGACUGCAGACUCCGGACUGUGCGGGGCCGAGUGGGUCGAGAGGACCGAGAGGACCGAGUCUCGGGGACCAGAGAGUCCUGCUGGAGGACAACAAGAUGUCCACACGCAUGGUGCUGCAGGGCUCGUUGAGGAGGAAGAUGGAGGCCCACCACUCCUGCCAGACCUUCUCCUCUCCCGACUUCAAGCGGGCGCGCUUGCAGGCGCCGUGCGAGCGGGACUUAGGCCACGCCCACUCCUCCAGGAAGCCCCUGGACGUGACCCUGAAGGAGAUGAAGCGGGAACCCGUGGAGGUGCGCUCCUGCGCCCAGGUGACCUUUGACCUGAAGGACGAAGGUCAGAUGGACCCGGACCUCCAGGACCUUUUCGACGAGCUCACCAAGUCGGUCCCGCCCCUGGACGAGCUGGACUUGGAGAAGAUGCUGAAGCAGGACGACACCUUCGCUCUGGACCUGGGCCGACCCGGCUCGGCGGGCCCGGAGAAGCCCAUCAAGAUGGAGAACUCCGCGGACUACGUUCAGGUCCUGGGCGGCUCCUCGCUCAGGCCGUCCCAGAAGGUGGGCGCCCAGAGGUCCAUGCCCUGCUGGCCCGACAUCUCCCACGCCCAGCAGCUCAAGCAGAUGGCGGCCAACCAGCAGCAGCCCGGCUCGCUUCUCCACCACCGCCAUCUUCUUCACCAUCAUCAUCAAGCCCCGCCUGCACCGCCAUGUUGGACGCCCACCGUCACCAAGGUGGCCAGCAGAGGUGCCCCCAGGUGCCCUUUCAGGUCCACCAAGAACCAGCAUCUGGACAUGAAGCCAGUCCUGCACUUCAGCUCCAAAGCUGCACUCUCCUCAGGUCACAUGAUGGCCGACCAGCAGCAGCUUCCUCCUCCACCCACACGUCACUUCCACAACCAGCAGAACAUGCAGAACAUGCAGAACCUGCAGAACAUGCAGAACCUGCAGAACCUGCACGCUUCCACGCUGACCUUCAAGUCUGCCCAACAGCACCAGGGAGGAAUUCCUGGACCCAGGCUUCCUGCUAAUGGAUGUGUGGGCCAGCCACGCCCCCUUGUGCCCAACCAGACACGCCCCCUAGUGCCCAACCAGACACGCCCCCUAGUGGCCAACCAGCUACGCCCCCUAGUGGCCAACCAGCUGAAAGGCUCGACUAAAUCUUCCGUUAUGCAAAGACAACUUAGUCAGCAACACCAGCGAGGAGAUGAAGACGACCCUCAGGAAGCGUUCAGCCGGCGUCUCACCAGGCCGCCCCCGGACUACAAAAGGAGCGUGGUGGGCGGGAACAUCUUCCCAGGCUCCUCCCACUCGGAGAAGGAGGCGUCGCCCAUGUCGUGCCACCUGCCAGGUGAGGUGAUGUCGUCAGACGGCAGCUUCGUGGGACACUUCCCGCACAAGAUCGCCUUCCCGGGCGCCAACACGCCAGGGAACUCCUCGGGGAUAAACGGCGUAGUGGAGUCCAACCGUCAGUACCAACAUGGCGCCCUGGCGGCAGCGCACAAGCACAUGGGCAUGCUUCCGUCUGUGGGCGACGUCUGUUCCAGAGCCUCUCCGGAGCAGAGGGUGCCGGCGGGCGGAUUCCCCGAGGUGACCCCUGGUGCCUACCAUGGCGGGCGCACCAACCACGUGACCUUUGACUUCCUGCCCGAGGGAGACAACAUGGUGCCAGGAAUCAACACCGACUCAGACUUCAUCGACUCGCUGCUCAAGUCGGGCUCAGGAAACGACGACUGGAUGAAAGACAUCAACCUGGACGAGAUUCUGGGGAAUCACACCUGACUUCUCCAGGGAUUUCAGAAACGUUCAUAUCAUAAAUGUUCAUUUCAUAAAUUUUCAUUUUAUAAACGUUCAUUUGAUAAACGUUCAUUUCAUAAACGUUCAUUUC